CAGACCUCAGCCCAGCCCAACCAACUGACGAGCACAACCGCCGCCUGGGCAAAGGCGAGAUUCACGUUGUUCAUUUGGUCCCUUGGUUCCCCCCACUCCUCCACCUCUCCUCUUUCGAAGGACUUUCUUCCUUCCCACUCUUUCGACCUACGGCUCGAUUUCCGCGCACUGCGAUUCCUAAUCCUUUCCAACCAUCUCAUUUACCUGUCUGCUCAUCCAAGAAGUAUUUGUGCAUACUGGCGGGCUGGAUUUGAUUUUGUGUCUCCUCGCGUCGGCGUUUUUGCCUUGCAUCUGUUUCUUCAUUUUACCGUCAUAAUACCCCUCUUCAACGGCAGCGUGCUUUCCAUCCUAGAAAAUAUGGCUCAUAACAACAGACAGCGGUCAUCGGUCGCCGCCAGCGUCCCGCCACAAGCUCCGCCACCAAGCACGAGGAACAACGAAUACUUUCUACCAAGGGACGGUAUCGAUCGCGAAGUCAUUACGGCCGACAUAUGUCGUUAUCUCGGCAAUGACGCUCUUGUGCGCCCUGGCCAUCUCGAGAGGGAUGGCCGCGUCGUUCAGGGCUACUACAUCACCGCUUAUAGGAAUCUCACUAGCGCGAUGAUUGAGUCUCUCAAGGAGGACUCUCAAAAGUGGGUGGAGGAGAAGCGUAGGGCUCAAGGAGCUCAAGGAGCCCAGAUGCGAUACAUGGAUUCAUCACUUCGCAACCCAAAUGCUGUAUCACAACACAUGACAGGUGUCGCGCGUGACUAUCCAGAUUCACAGGCCGCUUAUAGCGAAUCUUAUGGUGCCGGAGGACAAGGCGGCUUCGGGCAGUAUCCGUCCAGGGACCAGGGCUAUGCUGCGCCGCCUCCCGGAUCGUUCCCGCCACGGGAACCGGUCUAUGCUGACCGUCAGGACCCUUAUGGAGCUCAGCCCAGAGCAACUUCCCAACAAUAUGUUUCCGCAGGUUAUGGACAACAGGCCGAUGGACCAUACCAUGCCACCGGCAUGAACAGGCAAUACGCAGCACCCCCAGCUCCCCAACAGGCUUACGGUGACCCAAUGCAGAUUACACCUUCAUACCCCCCAACAUCACAAGGAGGUGCAUACUCCCCCCAGGCUCAGGCGCCAUACUAUGCAGGAUCCGCGCCGCCACCAGGAGCACCCAGAUACGAUCCACAGGGAGUCCCAGCUACAUCGGCACAGCCGAUAGACGUCUUUUAUGGCCGUGGUGCGUAUCCAGCGACAACCUCCUCGGCGAACACAACAUCUGAUUUUGUAGCGUCUCCGGCAGGCUCGACAGGACACAGCGCCAGUGGCCUAGAACAACAGUAUGAACCAGACCCCACCCGCUCCCGCGCCUCUACUACCCCCUCAGCAUCUAGUGCACGUACUCAAAUGUCAAACAGUGGAAGCGCACCCCCAAGCCGCCGGGAACAACAUCCUAGAGACCAUGCCCGGGACCAUACUCGUGAUCGGGAACGUGACCGUCACUACAGCACCACCAAUGGUCGACGAUAAGCCUGCGGAAGCAGCUCUGGCUCUGGUGUAUACCAGUUGACCUCCCCCACAAGCUCCUUCUCCCAGUGGACUCUAAUUUCUUUGGUGUGAGUUGAAGACUUUGCAUUUCCAGCAGGCUGGUUCCCCGGCCCUUCAGGAUACCCUGUUGUUUGUUGCUUCCUCCACUGGACCAGCCCCGUCCAUACCUGGGCCCUCGGACCGAACAUUCCAACCUAUGGAUUUCCAUGAAUGGAUCAAUACCUGGUACAAAAGAAAAAAAACAACAAGCAUAGCCCCUCGGAGUCCACACGGAGUUUGCAUUUUCUAUUUGCCAUAAGGAUCUCACCCUGGAUCGGCCUUCUCAGUGUUGAUAGAAGGCGCUCUUCUCGUGGAUAAGACACAGUUCAUCAGUGGAACUGCGCUCAUUCGUCAUCUCGCCUUCCCUCUUCUCGGAUUCUGGCCACAAAAGGACAUUUUAUGAGACUAUCCCUGCCCAUGGGGAAGUCUGCAACGAAUACACGUAUAUCUGGAUAUGGCGCUACGGACAUAAUGACGGUCAUCUUGGGACUUCCUAAGCGCCCAUAAUGAUGGGUUCUUUUUUUUUUCUUCUUCUCUUUUUUGUGUACGCUUCCUGGAAUUGCCGAAGAACGGACUGUUUCACCACAAUUGUGGCCUCCCACAACGACUGGACCAGGAGUUAGGAAGAAUGGCGUCCGGGUUACCAUGUUCCGCCGGGCGGCAGCUGUGUGUUUUUUUAUAUCAUGUUCCUUGCUGUCCGGAUCUCGGCCAGAACCGACAGCGCGUGACUUGUCAUCCAUCGCCCUGAUCUCUGCUUCCACUACCCUGUUUGGCCAUGGAGCACAAGUAUCUGAUGGAGCUCUGGUUCUUCCUUGGUGUCGCCUUGGAAACCCUGGUUAACGGCCGAGAUCUGGAACAGCAAGGUGAGUUGGACUCCGAUCUUGUACAUAACGAUGACCCAUAUGCAAAGGAACCCUCUAUUUAUGACAACCCACCACCGGGAAAUUUUCCGAGGACAAAAUCAACGUUUACUUGAUCCCUUCCUUUUUUUACUGACUACGCAGAUAGCAAGCACCCUGGGCAGCACUUGGCAACCCCUAAGGUGUGGACUCUCCCACUGGAUCCUGAUACCUUUGGACAAUAUCCUUCUGGUCUUUAUUUGCAUGUCUAUGGAUGGUGCCUGUCUGCUCAGUCGCAGCUGUAUGCGCACCACAGGAUCCAGUUUCAGAUCGAAGGCCAAAUUUACAAGUUCGACCGGUUUCUCUGGGCUCUGGAUACUUCACUUGGAUCUCCCAGUCUGGAUUCUUCAAGACAAUUUUACUGUUUAUGGGCUGCAAAGCCUAGAAGUCACAGUGAAUGGUAAGGAUGAAUUGCGACCCUCUUGGAAUUCAUCUCAAAAAUAAACGGAGCAAUAUUCCAUCUUUCUGGAGCUUUGACCGCUUUAAGGCCGAUGGAUCUGGUCUUCAUAACAUGAAUUGAGCAUACCAAAAUUCCGUGGAUUAGGCCAUCUGUCUGAGGAAAUCAUUGACGUGCCUGCUAUGGACAACGAUUCCGAAUCGGAACAACCCAUGCAAAUUCCUUGGGCAACCCAGCACUUACUGCAAGGCUCGUUGGGCUUAGUCCGGAAGUUUAUUUUGUCUGGCUCCCUUGGUCCACCACACUCUCUUACCUGUCUAUGGCAUUCUUGACCGGCAGUAGCUUGUCGACAGCUAUUGCCAAAUGAUCCUGGAAGACACUUUACGCCGAUCGAAAAUUUUGUAUCCGGGGAGUUCAGGUCAGCACAAGGAACCGUCAAUCAUGCCAGGUUGCAUUCAAAGGUCCCUCAGCCGUCGUCCAUCUUAAUUUUAGCCCCUUGGAAUCUACUUCUAGGCGCAGUUUGAUUGUCCGGUGAAUAAGCCUGGAAUGGCCGUUCUUUCCUUUGCCUGAGAUUCGUGUAAGAUGAGUCGGUCAACGGGGUGAUAUGACGCGGUUGGGUAUGGGUGCGUGUUUUUGUUUGUGUUGUUUUCCUACCGAGUUCUACUGGUUAUAUGAAUGGAAUAACUUUGGGUAUUGUAAUGUUAUGAUUUACCGACGAAAAUGUCGAUGAAUUUCGGUAUUAAUUUUCUCUGGC